UCGGCUGCCUUUUCUCUCAGCUUAUAAUGUAGCCCUGUGUCGUGUGUCACAGUGCCUACCUUCCUCUGACGGAUCGACUGUCUGCUCAUCUGUGCUGCGUGGAUACUUUCCCUCGCCGUCUCUUUUAUUAAAGGACGGCGGCUGUCCUCUCUCCUCCAGACAGCUGUGAGCCGUGGAUCCUCUUCUCUACGGUCCCCUUGUCGUCGGCUGCCCUCUCUCCCCUGGACUCCCGCUCAGCACAGGGGCCACAGGAUGGAGGCUGUGGCUCUUUACAACUUUCGUGCCACGGAAAGCGACGAGCUGAGCUUUCAGAAGGGCGACACGCUCAAGAUAACCAAUAUGGAGGAUGACCCCAACUGGUACACAGCUGAGCUUAUGAAUAAGAAGGGCUUUGUACCCAAGAACUAUAUCAGUGUGAAACCGCACAAGUGGUUUGCAGGCCGGAUCUCCAGGCAGGUCGCCGAAGGUCGUCUCAGAAACAGGGACUGUGGGGCCUUUCUGGUGAGGGAGAGUGAAAGUGCACCUGGAGAAUUUUCCAUGUCUGUCAGCUACGGGGACCAUGUCCAACACUUCAAAGUGCUGAAAGACAGUUAUGGGCAUUACUACGUCUGGGAUGAGGUCUUUCCCUCUCUAAACCAGCUGGUGGAUUACUACCGGACAAACAGCAUCGCCAGAGAGAGGACAGUCUUCCUGAGGGAUGGAGAACACAUGCUGAGGGUAAGACCCCAGCAUGCUCAUGCUCUGUUUGAUUUCAACCCGCAACACAACUCUCAGCUCUGCUUCCUGCGUGGCGACGUCAUCGACCUUCUCGACUGCUCGGACUCGCAGCGCUGGAAGGGUCGUUGCAAUGGGCGCGUGGGCUAUUUCCCUCCAGAAUACGUCCAGCCAAUCUACAACUAACUCAGAAGAACCACAAAAGACAUCAGCCCUGGCAUGAACCUACACCUUCCCCUGUAUGAACCGCUUACUGUGCACUCUCAGUACAUCACCACGGCUCACUGUCCAGUUAUGCUUAAUAAUGGUAAAUAAGCAGAAUAUACAACACAGUGUUUAAUUAAAAAAAAAGAGAGAGAGAGACAAUGGACUGCAGAUCAACCUUAGAGAUCACUUUCAUUUCCCAGAACUGUUAAAAAGAUGUUGACACUAAGAUGCACCUCUUGUGGCUUUUAGAUGAUUGUGAAAAAAGAUCACCACUAAAAUCCCCUUAAACAGUGAUCAGAUAUGUGUUAGAAGUUCUUUGUUUAGCUUUUGAAGUUAGCAGCUGUUUGGUGCAACUGUGAUUUACAACACUUUUUCUUGUAUAUUUUAACUGUUUUGUUCAAAAUAAGUCACUCAGUGUUGUAUUUAUUGCUGAGAAAAAUGCCACAUUUUUGUUUGUCUAUUCAGAUAUAUAGUCUGUG